AAUUAUCCCUUACCCAGUUAUAUAUGAUUAUAGACCUAUAUAUAAAUCUUCCAAUGUCAUGCAUUUUUUGUACAUAUUCUUUUUUGUACUAGCGAUAUGUGCGUAUGUACUGUAUAAUAAAUGGAUAAAUGUUGAGGAUUUUGAUGGAAUGCAGAAAACCAGCAGCAUUGGAUCUGGGAUAGGCGUUGGCAGCACUGUUAAAAUUAGCUUCUGUUCUUCUUGUUCUCACAGAGGACAUGCAGUAACAAUGAAACAUAUGCUUGAAGCAGCAUUUCCCGGGAUUCAUAUAGUUCUUGGAAACCACCCUCCUCCGCUCCUGCAACGUCUGCUGAGCAAAGUAAUAACAACUUUUCAAGUAGGAGUUAUUGUAAUAAUAAUGGGAGGUGAACAUAUUUUUCCACAGUUGGGUUAUAUAACACCACCUCCCUGGUAUUACUUCUUGCGUGCCAAUAGAUAUGGUACCAUUGCAAGCACCUGGUUUUUCGGAAAUUUCAUUCAUUCCUAUCUUCAGAGUUCUGGAGCUUUUGAAGUAUUCUGUAAUGGUGAUUUGAUUUUCUCAAAGCUGAUGCACCAUAGAUUCCCAAGCGAAUUUGAGUUGAGGGAACUUGUCAUCAGAAAGCUCGCUAAUUUAGGAGUUGUUGGUGGGCUUGGAAGAGGAAUCUGGUCCUAGUGCCUCACCUCAUGUAAUGGAAGGUAUCAGUUUCAUGUUAUCAACUUAUAAUAUUGGCUUUUCAACAUGAGAAGAUGCAUUUUGUGGCAGAUAAUAGACUGAAGGAUACAUUUGUGGUUUGUCUUUUUCCCCAGUUUUCGAUCUUGUAUAUUUAUUGUUAGGGAUGGAGGGUUCUUCUUCUUGUUCUCGAUGGUGUUUCACCUUCAUUUAGUGCAGGCCUUAGUUGUUACCAUUUGGACGUAUAAUUUUGAUUACCGAGAACCCCAACAUAGAAAUUUGAAAAAGGCUGAGUCAGGUGUUCUCAUUGGAGUGCUU